CCGUCUGUUACUGUUACACACGUAUCGGAACUGUUCUGAUUCUUUGGCCCAUGUCGACUAGUGUGUGAUUCCAGCAAUCUCCACCAUGCUUUCACAAUCCAAACUUUCCACCUUUCUCUAAAAGGACCUACGCGUUUUGCACUCUGCAAAACCAAGGGGCUAAGAAAUCUGUGUUGUGUUGUUUUUCAUGGCGAACAAGGUGGUGGUUCCUCGUGAAGCUCACCCUUAUGCUUUUCAUGUCUCUGGUCCUCGCAACUUAGCUGCUCUCAAUUGGAGAGACCUUCUUAGUUCAAGUUGGAAGGAUGCAAAUUAUAAGCGAACUGUCAUUGCCUGCUUUAUACAGGCAGUUUACUUGCUUGAACUUGAUAGACAAGAGAAAAGUACACGUGAAAACGCUCUAGCUCCAAAUUGGUGGAUUCCAUUCAAGUUUAGGCUUAGGGAAACCCUGAUUGAUGAAAGGGAUGGAUCCAUUUUUGGCGCGGUAUUUGAAUGGGAUUGGUCUGCAGCACUCGCAGACAUAAUACUAGUUAGGCCAAGUGGCGCCCCUAGAGCUAUUUUAGCACUCAGAGGAACACUACUCAAAAGCCCGACAAUGCGGAGAGAUAUCGAAGAUGACCUCCGUUUCGUUGCUUGGGAAAGCCUUAAAGGUUCUGUUAGGUUUAAAACAGUUUUGGAUGUGCUAAAAUCAAUGUGUGACACAUAUGGAAGCAACAAUGUAUGUAUUGCAGGGCAUUCCUUAGGGGCCGGUUUUGCUCUCCAAGUGGGAAAAGCACUAGCAAAAGAAGGGAUUUAUGUGGAGGCACAUUUGUUUAAUCCACCAUCAGUAUCACUAUCCAUGAGUCUCAGAAACAUUGGAGAAAAGGCAGAGUUUGUGUGGAACAGACUUAAAUCUAUGCUUCCUUUAAGUAGUGAUGCGAAUGCACAAGUAAAAAAUGAUGGAGACAAGGCCUCGGGCGCAGGAUUAACGAGUUGGAUGCCUAGAUUAUCUGGUUCUGGUUUGAAGGAUGCUGGUUUUGGGGUGGCAAAAUGGGUUCCUCAUUUGUACAUUAACAACAGUGACUAUAUCUGUUGCUAUUACACUGAUCAUGAUGGCGCUGCAGAGAAGAUGGUUGACAAGGAGAGUAAGGGUGUUACAAAUAGUCAAAUUGCAGCAAAGUUGUUUGUUGUGUCCAAGGAAAAACAAGCAUUUCUUAAGGCUCAUGGUCUUGAACAAUGGUGGUCAAGUGAUGCAGAACUUCAGCAGGUUAUUCAUAAUAGCAAACUCAUAAGCAGGCAACUUAGAUCUUUAUACACUGCUACUCCUUCUACCCAAGUAACAUUGGGAAAGCCAGUCCAACGGAAAAGUUCAUUACUGUAGGAAUUGCAGCUGUCAUGCAAAUGAGUACUGAGUUCUCAGUACUACCAGAGUUUCUCAGUAACUGAAAAUUUUCUCGGGUGUAAGAAUGCAUUGGCUUUACUAUCAUACAUUGAAAACUCAAUUGUUACUCAAUUGUUUUCAAUCUUAAAAUUACAGCAUGUUUGGUUGUAUUCAAGCCUUUGUAACUGGUUCUCUUGCAUAUUUUCUUUACCUUAAAACAAAUUGUAUCAUUUUAGUCUGUGCUUUUGAUACCUUAAUCCAAAUUUGUGAUACCACCAGGGGUGGGUUUGUAAGCAGAUACUAAUCGAUUUAUAGAGCAACACACUUUUUUAAGGACA